ACCAGUCAGUGCAGGCCUGGGCUGUGGCGCGGGACGCGAGCACUGGCGCUCACCGCGCCUCCUGCGGGGGACACUGCCUGGACUGCUGAACUCUGUUUGCUGAGCCUGGACUCCCAGCAGGCACCACAGUGAUGGAGUACAUGAGCACUGGAAGUGACGAGAAAGAAGAAAUUGAUUUAUUAAUUAAGCAUUUAAACGUGUCGGAAGUCAUAGACAUAAUGGAGAACCUUUAUGCAAGUGAAGAGCCAGCAGUGUAUGAGCCCAGUCUGAUGACCAUGUAUCCAGACAGCAAUCAAAAUGAGGAACGCUCGGAGUCACUGCUUCGGAGUGGCCAGGAGGUUCCCUGGCUGUCAUCUGUCAGAUAUGGGACCGUGGAGGAUCUGCUUGCAUUUGCAAACCAUGUCUCCAAUAUGACAAAGCAUUUUUAUGGACGUCGACCACAAGAAUGUGGAAUUUUAUUAAAUAUGGUAAUCAGUCCCCAGAAUGGCCGCUACCAAAUCGAUUCGGAUGUUCUCCUUGUCCCUUGGAAGCUGACAUACAGGAACAUCGGCUCUGGUUUCGUUCCUCGGGGGGCCUUUGGAAAAGUAUACUUAGCCCAAGACAUGAAGACAAAGAAAAGAAUGGCAUGCAAACUGAUCCCUGUAGAUCAGUUUAAGCCAUCGGAUGUGGAAAUCCAGGCCUGUUUCCGGCAUGAGAACAUUGCUGAGUUGUAUGGUGCAGUCCUAUGGGGCGAUACCGUCCAUCUCUUUAUGGAGGCCGGCGAGGGAGGCUCUGUUCUGGAGAAGCUGGACAGUUGUGGGCCCAUGAGAGAAUUUGAAAUUAUUUGGGUGACGAAGCACAUUCUCAAGGGACUUGAUUUUCUGCACUCCAAGAAAGUGAUCCACCAUGACAUUAAACCUAGCAACAUUGUAUUCAUGUCUACAAAAGCUGUUUUGGUAGAUUUUGGCCUGAGUGUUAAAAUGACUGAAGAUGUCUAUCUUCCCAAGGACCUCCGGGGAACAGAGAUAUACAUGAGCCCGGAGGUGAUCCUAUGUCGGGGCCAUUCCACAAAAGCCGACAUCUACAGCCUUGGAGCCACGCUCAUCCACAUGCAGACAGGCACCCCACCCUGGGUGAAGCGCUACCCUCGAUCAGCCUAUCCCUCCUACCUAUACAUUAUCCACAAGCAGGCACCUCCCCUGGAAGACAUUGCUGGUGACUGCAGUCCAGGCAUGAGGGAGCUGAUAGAAGCUGCCUUGGAGAGGAACCCCAACCACCGCCCCAAAGCAGCAGACCUACUGAAACACGAAGCCCUGAAUCCCCCAAGAGAGGACCAGCCACGAUGUCAGAGUCUGGACUCUGCCCUCUUUGAACGGAAGAGGCUGCUGAGCAGGAAGGAACUACAACUUCCUGAGAACAUUGCUGAUUCAUCAUGCACAGGCAGCACCGAGGAGUCUGAAGUGCUCAGGAGACAGCGUUCCCUCUACAUUGACCUCGGAGCUCUGGCUGGCUACUUCAAUAUUGUUCGUGGGCCACCAACCCUGGAAUAUGGCUGAUGGAUGGCUUUGUUGGCAACAAAGUAGGAUAUUUCUCUCCCGAAUGUUGGUUUUACAGACCCUACACAGCGGCUCUGGAUAGGGAAUUUUACCCAGGUUUUUAGGGGUCAGGAACGUUGCAGCUGUGGCCCUUUUUUGAAGCUACUCUGAUAUGUCCCAGAGCCCAAGGUUCUCAGUUCUCAGGUGGUGGGACUAGACAGAAGGGAGUGGCAAGCUCAGGGAAGGAUCAUUUCUGGUGAUAAUUCCAUUCACUUUGCACUUUGAUGGGCAUUAAAAAAAAUAGCCCUCACAAGAUUGUAACCUCAAAUUCCUGUUCUUGGUUCUUAUUUAAGCAUGGAUCUUCAUUCAACUUAGAAGACCUGAUCUGUGUAUAUUCUGGUGUGUAUUAUAUGGUAACUCUUUGAGCCUUGGUUGGUCGACUCUAGUGUAAGUUUAAUUAAUUGUAUAUUGUGUGAAUAGAACAACUUUAAUAUUACAGCAAUACACUGGACUAGUGUCUCACAAAUGACUGAUUUACCCAGAGCCACCUGACAGCAGGCCACUAGUGACAGUUUCUGUUAUGUUCCUAUGGAAACACUGUGUACUGUACAUACUAUGCUUAAAACAUUUAAAACACAAUGUUUUAGAUGUGGACAGAACUGUGUAAACCACAUAAUUUCUGUACAUCCCAAAGGAUGAGAAGUGUGACCUCCAAGAAAAUGGAAAUAUUUGUAAAUUCUUGGUAAUGCUUCUGUUGUAAUUAAUGAAAUUAUUUUCUUUAAAGUGUUUCUAUGUUAAAAUAGCAUACUGUGUAUGUUUUAUUCCAAAUUCAUUCAUGAAUCUUUCAUAUAUAUAUGCGUAUAUAUACAUAUAUUAUAAAGUUUGCAUAUUCUUAUUUAAAGUAUAUUUUUACAUUAUGCAAAUGAACUUCAACAUUUUAGUCCAAUGUGACUAGUCAAAUAAACCAAAUAAACAGAGUAUUUUGUCUU